GGGUUGUCGGUCACGUGAGAAUAUGCGACGUCACGAAAACCCUGCGAUACACUGGUUGUGGAAGUAAAUCAGUAGUAGCAACAGAGGGCUGCUUUUUUGGUAAUAUUUCCAGAUAAAUAUCUGUAAAUAGAACAAAACCAACCGCUUUAAGUCGCUGAAUUGCCCUCCCUCAGAGCCAAAAUGACAGCGGCGGUGUUUUUCGGCUGCACCUUUAUCGCCUUCGGCCCAGCCAUCGCGUUGUUCCUGUUUACCAUUGCCCGGGAGCCGCUGAGAGUCAUUUUUCUCAUAGCAGGGGCAUUUUUCUGGCUGGUGUCACUGCUGCUCUCCUCCCUGGUGUGGUUCAUCUCGGUUCAGAUCAGUAAUAAGGAGAGCGCAGCUCAGCAGAAAGGCCUGCUCAUCUUUGGCGUGGUGCUGUCUGUGCUCUUGCAGGAAACCUUCCGCUUUGCUUACUACAAGCUGCUAAAAAAAGCUAAUGAAGGCCUCCUCACUCUCAGCCAGGAGGAGACCAUGCCCAUCUCCAUCCGACAGCUGGCCUAUGUAUCUGGUCUCGGCUUCGGCUUCAUGAGUGGAGCGUUCUCUGUGGUGAACAUCCUGGCUGACUCAGCAGGGCCAGGGACUGUGGGGAUCCAUGGAGACUCGCAGCACUACUUCCUGUCCUCAGCCUUCAUGACGAUGGCCAUCAUCCUGCUUCACAUGUUCUGGGGCGUUGUUUUCUUUGAUGCCUGUGAGAAGCAGCGGUGGUGGGCGGUGGGAGCUGUUGUCAUCAGUCACCUCUUGGUCUCCUGUCUGACCUUCCAGAACCCCGAGUAUGUCGCAAGCCUCGUUCCCACCUACGUCAUCCUGUUCCUAAUGGGCGUCUGGGCGUUCUACUCCGCCGGCGGCUCACUCAGGAACCUCAAACUCUGCCUCACCUGCAAAGACAAGGACUUGCUGCUUGCCAACCACAGGCCUAGAUAACGCAGCACACCUAGCAGUGUGCAGGACUCUUUAUACAAAGAUCACAGAGAUCCCACACAAAUACACACAAACACAUUGGAUGCAGUGAGGAAGGAGUGUUAACCUUGUUAAAUAUGCUGUUUGAUUUAAGACUUUCAUCAUCUUGAGCAUUAAAACAUGUAAAAGGUUUUGUGGGAACAAAGAUGGGAGAUUGUUUUGAUUCCAGUCCAGCCAGGAAAAGGUUUUUAUUCAACAGUAUAACAUAUCCAUUUUGGCUAACUGUGUGCCCUUUUUGUGGUCUGUACUGUAAGAAAAAACAAACCCACAGAAGAUACUUUAGAUUGGGGGCUUAAAGCAGCAGCACUCUUUAUACAUGCUCUCAGAUGCUUCAAAUCUUUCCUAGUGUUUUAUUAUUUCUAAAGAAAAUGUGUAUAUAAUUAUGCAUUUUUGAAUUCCCUAAUGUGUAAAUAUUAAAAUCUUUCUUCAAGGUGCGAUAUGCUGUCUGUGGUCUGAAUAUGAAUCUGCCUUUGAUUCUAAAUGCAUGGAGGAGAGGAGACACGAUUGCUAAUUGUUUGUCUUAACCCAGUAAUCUUGACGUAAUAGCCCCUUGAGCAAAUAGAAAGUAGAGAAUCUAAAUCAUGCAAAAUUGUUUCUUUAUGUUUGUCCUCGUGUUAAAUCACAAUUUGAUCCACUCUGAGAGGUCAGACUGAGUGUAAAGUCAAACGAGAGGCAAACAUGCUGAAGAGCAACGUAUUUUAACAAUGACAAAAGAAUGGGCUUUGAAACUUCUGAUACAAAGUAUGCGGAUUCAUCUGUCUGGUCCCAGCUUCCUUACAGGUUGUACUUCCCCCCACUUCUCUUCUAAGUGCAAAAAUGCACCAGUAAUAUGAGCAGCUGGAUGUAUUUGCAAUGUGAUCUUUGAAUGUUCACUUCUUCUUUGGCUUCCUUGUGUGUUUUGGUUGUUUUUAUGAGUGCAAGGAUUUAGGAUAAAGAAUUAUUUAAAAAGAUUUUGUUUUUGUACCUGAUUUUGUUUUCGAUCAUCUUUUGUAUUUGUAGAUUCAGUCUGCUCUUUCUCACAAGGAUGGGAAGGACAUUAGAGAUGUAAAUUGUAUCCAUGUUUGCAUUCGGUGCAUUACUUUUCUGCCUUGUGUUGGCACUUUGCUUCAUGACAAAAUGUGAUUUGGCAUGGUCUUAUAGGUGGAGAUGAGCCUGUUAGCUGGUCAGUUUGUUUGGUACACCAGGCUGAAACUGAUACAACAAUCCUGCAAUAACUCUUACCUUCGUGAUGUCAUGCUGUUUAAUCCUACUGUAAUGUAAAGAGAAGUGUUUCUUUUGUGAGCUAUAUCAAAGAAAUGGGGAAAGAAAUUA